AUGAGUCAGUACAUAGCUUUCCUCGUUGUCACGCUCAGUGUACUGAGCGUGUUGGCAGCACCUCAAGAUGAUUCCUCGGAUGCAAACUCCAAUUCUUACUUAGAAUCAGAGAGUUCUAUUAACAACGGGAAUCAGUACCAAAGAACACAACAGCAAUCUGCACAGAAUGCUAACUCUCAAGCGUACCGUAGAGCAAUGCAGAGUCAGUACGGCGAUUACGUGCCUUGGUCGUAUCCCGGAUAUCCUACACCAGUGAACGGUCGUCCAGCACAAGCGCCAUGGGCCGGCACGGGUACCCCCCCAGUAUAUCCAUUAAUACCCUUAAUCAAGGAAGUAUACGACUACUUGCCUUAUCCUCAGUACCCGCCCAUACCACGUGUACAGCCCUACCCCACGUCACCGCUCAUCAGAUCAGUGCCAAGAUCUGGAGCAUCAUCGUACGGUCAGGCUAGCAGCGGCUACAAUCCGGGAGGUCCUUACGCUACGGCACAAACUGGAGCCAACGCCUACACUCAAGGUCAACCAUCGCCAAUAUUACGUAGAGGCAGACCUAUUCAAACGCUUCCCCAGCCGUAUUACGCUCCUCCGGCUUAUGUGGCCCCUCUCCCAAUAGUGCCAGUAGGCCCUAUACAAAGUGUACCUGUAAUUGGACCUAACGUACAACCAGGAAGCCCAGGUAAACAGAACUAA